AAACAGUGUUGUUUCUCCUCUGUAGAUUCUUGCAUGAAUUGAACUGCAAGAUGGUGAAACUAACACCAGAGCUAAUCCAGCAGUCUCUUCAGUACCUGAAUCCCCUUCGUGACCGUGAAUUAGAUCUCCGGGGGUACAAAAUACCAGUUAUAGAAAACCUGGGAGCUACCUUGGACCAGUUCGACACAAUUGACUUCUCUGACAAUGAGAUUCGUAAGCUAGAUGGCUUCCCACAUCUCAAAAGACUGAAGUGCCUCCUCUUCAACAACAACCGCAUUGUGCGGCUUGGGGAAGGAUUGGAAGAGUGUCUCCCAGCAUUGGACUCUCUGAUCUUAACCAACAACCUCAUGCAGGAACUUGGAGAUUUAGAUCCACUAGCAUCCUUAAAAACACUUGCUCACCUCAGCCUCCUCCACAACCCUGUCUCCACCAAACCUCAUUAUCGGGAAUAUGUUAUCUACAAGAUCCCACAAGUUCGAGUUCUUGACUUCAGGCGAGUGAAGGGCAAGGAGCGGCUGAAGGCAGCUGAAUUGUUCAAGAGCACCAGGGGGAAGGAACUGCAGAAGAAAAUUGUGAAAAAGACUAAAACAUUCACUCCUGGAGCUGAAAUCAAGGAGCAGCCUCCCAAAACUACUGGUCAUACAGAGGAAGAGAUCAAGGCCAUCAAGGAAGCCAUUGCCAAAGCAACAUCCCUAGAGGAGAUGGAACGACUGUCCACUCUCCUGCGACAGGGACAGGUUCCCAAACAGGGCGAGAAUCAAGCUGGUGUCAAUGGAUCCCAAGAUGAAGAAAUGGAAUGAGCCCAAGUCCCAUCUUUGUCAUCAUUCAAAAGUACCAAGGACUUUGCACUUUAUGCAUUCACAGCAUGAAGCAGCCUGCCAUGGAGGUAGGCUGGGGUUAUGUUUGUGGUUGUGUCACUUUUCUGUUAGAUUUUGAGCUACUUGAGAACUGAUACUACUACGCUCAAAAUUUUUUGAGUUCCUUGGGAAUAAAAUCAGUCAACUUGGGUUUUUUGUAACACAUGAAGAGUUUUUUGAGUCUUCCCUCAGAGACCCUGUCGUUCCUGGAUGGGGUGAGGAUUGCCAUCAUGAAAUCUGAAAGUUUCUUGGCCGAGAAGAGAAACUAGAAGACAUCCACAACAUCUCACAUUAGUUCUCAUAUGGAUUUCAAUAUUGUGUUGAAGGCUGUAAAACAGAAUGAAUUGGAACACAAUAGGCCAUAUUGUUCACAGCAGUUGCAAAAGGCUAUUGUGAAUGGCAUCUUUACCACCAGUGAUCAUCUUCCAAGCAUUCCAAAAAAAAUUAUUUUCAUUCCAGAAGUCUUUCAUUUCCUAGAUUUUUCUUGCCAAUGAAGUAUCUGAGUAUGGAUCUAUGAUAAUAAUACAGAAACUACCAAAUUUAUUUUAAAAUUGAAAUAUGUAGGAUGAAAAGUGACAUAUAACAUACAAACUACAAAUAUUACAUUGCUAUUUUUAUAGCUGGCAUCUAUCAUAUGGCAUUAUGUGUAUUCGUAUUAAUGCCUGUCUUGUUCUCAUGCUAUUGUAAAAAUUUAAGAGGAACAAAGUAAGGUAAUAAUAUAAAUGGAACAAAAGGAAUGAAAUUUGAAUUGGAACACUAGCCAUUUAAUUUCCCAGUCUUACAUUUAUUGUACACUGAACUUUUUCUUCCCUUUCAUUUUUAUUCAUGAGACUUUAAUGAAUAGUUGCCUAUUGAAGCUCAUGAGUUUUUCCUGAUCACUUUCACUAAAUGUGACCCUAACUUCAUCAUGGUAUACCUGUAUGUGGAAAAAAGUACCAUAACUAUUAUUGGAAAGUAAUUUCACUCUUUUAUACACCACUGAAUACUACUCUUCCCUGGAUUAUAGAAACUAUUAGAUACUUUACUUUUCUGACAUUCACUGCCAUGUUGGGAAAAAAAAGUAUGCAUGUUAUUCUGUAGAGGAAGAAUAGCAAGAAUAGGCCAGGAGGUGAAAAUUCUGUCUUGCAUCAUCAUCUUCAUGUCCUCACUCCAGGAAUCGCUGGAUGUGCUAGGGUGCAGAAACUCCAAAAACCAAGUCUCUCAUCUAUGUCUUCAUACCAUUUGCUUAAGAGCAGGGAGACUCAGCAGCUUGACACUGAAGCCACCGGCUGAGAUCAUAGAGUACCCUAUGGGAGUCAAGCCAGCAAACAACCGCUUCUUCAUUUCUCCUUGCAACUGUCUCUGAAGUUGUUUGUGAUGAUGUAUUGAUACAAAAGCAAUGCAAUUUGAUUUUUUUCAAUA